CCUUCUCUCUGCAUGCAGCUAUUAUUCCACUCCACUUAUUCCCAGUCUAGGAAAAGUCCGUUAGUCACAGCGGAGACAGAGCGCAUUGAUGCUGUCCACCUGACACAGACUCUUUACUUUUUCUUGAUUAAUCCUUAAGGAAACUAAUUUGGAUAGAAGAAAUACUUCAAUUCAAAGAAAAAAUCUUGUUAAAAGAAUACAUUUUGAAACCUGGUUCAAAACCAAACAAAGAUUCCCAAACUUUUGGAUUUGGGUGCGCAGAUAUACCCGGACACCGAAAGGAUUUAAAGGAACGUUACGAGCAAAAGCAAUGGCCUCAGCGGCACUAGAGAUCCUAGGUUUGUCCAUGUGCGUCCUCGGCACGCUUCUGGAGAUGACCGCUUGCGGGCUUCCCACCUGGAAGGUGACCGCCUACAUCGAGGCCAACAUCGUGGUGGCGCAGACCAUCUGGGACGGUCUGUGGAUGUCGUGCGCCGUGCAGAGCACCGGCCAGAUGCAGUGCAAGAUACACGACUCCAUGCUCGCUCUCGGCCACGACCUCCAGGCAGCCCGCGCGCUCACUGUCAUCUCAUCCGUGUUGUGCGUAAUCGGGCUGAUGGUGGUGAUCGCCGGCGCGCAGUGCACAAAUUGCAUCAAGGAGGAUAACGUUAAGGCGCGGGUGGUGAACGUCGGAGGGAUCAUCUACAUCAUCAGUGCCAUCUUCGUGCUGGUGCCCCUGUGCUGGAUGGCCAACAACAUCAUCUCCGACUUCUACAACCCGCAGGUGCCCACCGCCAAGAAACGGGAGAUCGGCGGGGCGCUGUAUAUCGGCUGGGCGGCCAGCGCGCUGCUGCUGAUCGGUGGCAGUAUACUCUGCUGCUCGUGUCCUUCAUCUGGAAGCUCUGGAUACUCUGUGAAAUACGCACCUAACAAAAGAUCAACGCCAAACGGGGACUAUGACAAGAGGAAUUAUGUUUGAGAUGAUGCGUUCUGGACUGAUGAAAGACAACAACAUAGACAACAAAAAGUUCUUGUGUGUUGCACCACCUGCAGAUAUUUGGUUGUUUUUGUUUGUUUAAAAAAAUAAGUUUAAUUUGACCAGUUUUAGACUACUGAUUGGCUGAUGUGAACAACUUGGUUUAUUUUAAAGUGCUGUUUCAAAAAAGAGUGCAAGAGAUCUGACAAAACCAAGAAAAAAGGUUUUUAGGUACCUCAGAAAGUUUGUAAACCCUUGAGUUGGUAUAACUGUUAGGAUCAAAUAUGUUUACUGAUGUGUUCAUUGUCCUGUAGAGGUUUCAGUUGUUUGUAAAUCUAUAGGAACCUCUGCUUCUGCACAGACUCAACGCUUGAAUUAUCAGCGGGGAGAAACAGCUGGAAACUAUAAAGACUGCAAAUCUUGCUUUGUCAUUUCUAAAAAAAAAAAACAUCCAUACGAAGAUGCUUCAAGUAUCAUGAAGACAAGGCUACACAGAAACAAGCAGAGCGGCAUCAUGCAUGUCCAUUGUGGAAAAAUGUUUGUUUUGGGAUUAUCCUGCCACUAAUGCCUUGAGGAAUUAAAAGUUUAUGGAUGGUUAUGUUUAAUGUUUUCUCAAAUUGCUACGAUAAGUUCAUCAAGUUUGACUGAAAGGUUUAUUUUUUGUAACUUUGUUAUUGUUUUUGAAUGAAUGUUGUUUGGAAUAAACAUUUACAAUUUUGACAAAAACAUGAGCGUUUGUAUUUUUGUUUAACAC